CAUAUAUACCAAAAGAAGAAAAGGGAAAUUUUUAAAAAAUGGGUGGUGGAUCAGAAGCAGACUGGAAAAAAACGGCAGAUAUACACAAAAUGAGUCCUGAAGAAGUGAAAAACUUAGGCGUUGAUUCAUCAAAACGGCCACCUGGGCACAACCCAGGUGGCGUUUUGCAUCAACGCCGUAGUUUACCAUUUAGUGCCACCACAAUGACCAUCGUUGGUUUCUUUAUGGCUGUUGGUAUUGGCUACAGUGUCCUUUAUGUGUCUAAAAAACCAGAAGCUUCCGCACUUGAUGUUGCUAAAGUUACUACUGGAGUUGCUGAUCCUUCUGAUACUCAUCCACGUGGCAAACCCGUUACACAACCGGAAGAUACUAAUCCACGUAGUUAAAUGAGUAUACCAUUACCAUGUAAUACAAGGAAUGUAGUUUUUUGCUUUUAUUUACCAGCCUACUCCUUAGGUAAUUUGCUAGCUAUAAUUGUUUGAUCAAAUUAUAUUUUCUAGUAAUUAUAUAUGAAUGAAUC